AUGGGUUGUGUCUUGAUACAGGAGCGCAAAGUUAUUGCAUAUACUUCAAGACAGUGGCAGGGUAGUGAGCGUAAUCGCCCUACGCAUGAUCUUGAGUUGGGAGCGGUGGUCUUCGCGCUUAAGAUCUGGAGGUGUGAUUCAGCUCGAGAGCAGGAUGUUGAGGGCUUGGUUAGCGAGAUCAGUACCUUGCGUCUUUGUGUCAUUUUGCAUGAGCCUUUUGAUGUCGAGCACGGGACGAUGCUUCACGGUUCGAACGAUGCGGUCGUGCGCAUUGAUGGGCGCUGGAAAGGAAUGGGUCGACCGCGGGGCUUUGCUUCCCAGUUUGGUUCGUCGCUCAGCCGCGCACAAUCCUAUAUAGGUGAUGGUGUGCUGCGCGGGUCGACCUCAGGACCCAUGGUUCCUUGGUCAGCCGAUGUGCGCGGUCUUGGGCGCCGAGUGACUACUUGCGCGGUUACGGCUGUCUGGACCAGUCUUCACUAA